CCAGGGGCGGCCGUGCGGCUCGGGAGGGUGGGAAGAGAUGGAAGGGUUCCCCCCCCGGGGCGAGGGCUCCGGUGACCGGCUGUGCACCGCCGCCGCCCGCGGGGACUGCGGGGAGGUGCGGAAGCUCCUGGACGCGGGCGCGGACCCCAACGGGACCAACUCCUUUGGGAGGACCCCGCUCCAGGUGAUGAUGCUGGGCAGCCCGCGGGUGGCCGAGCUGCUGCUGCAGCGCGGGGCCGACCCCAACCGCCCCGACCCACGCACCGGCUGCCUCCCGGCCCACGACGCGGCCCGCGCCGGCUUCCUGGAGACGCUGGCGGCGCUGCACCGCGCCGGGGCGCGCCUCGACCUGCCCGACGGCCGCGGCCUCCUCCCGCUCGACGUGGCGGCCGGCGGCCCCCACGGACCGGUGGGCCGGUACCUGCGACACCCGCCGCGCUUCCCCGACGAGGCAGCGGGAGCCGGCCCGGCGGCGGGGGCUGCGCGCUGAAACACACACCCCCCCCCCCCCCGCUUCCCUGUCGGCCGGCGCCGCCCCCCAACCCACCGCCGCAGCGCUCGAAGACCCGGCUGCAGCCGUCCCCCCGCCCGCUCCCCGCGAAGACCCCUCUCUCCCCUUGUGCCCUGCGCGCAACUCCGCGGCAGACACGGGGGUGGUCUCCCCCGCCCCCCCCCCCCCCCCCGCCCUGCGCCGUCGAGGCACCCAGCGAGCGCUCACGGCUGCUGGGGAGGGUUUCCUUCCCUCCCUCUGCCCCAGAUCUUCCGCAUGACGCGAUCACCCGCUCCUUGUCCUGCUUCUGGGAGGUGACGCAUGUUGCUGCAUUUUCUAAGAAUACGCGGAAAGAGCCAAAACAAGGCUGCGGGGACCGCUCCUGGUCCUCCCCUCCCCGCAGUCUCCCCUGCGAGCGGACGACAAGCACCAACGGUUCUCCGAUUCUCCAUGGGAGAAAAAAAAAAAAAAAAAAUUAAAAAUUCGUCGUUUUCUCCCCUUCAUUUAUGGUUAAAUUGAUGCGGUUUAGAGAAGUGAGAAUGCUUCGUUUCCCUUAGCAGCUUUCUCACUGCUCUGCAAGCCAUUGCCUUGAUACCUGUCCUAUUCCUGAUGGUCCUGAUUUUAUUAAUUAUUGCACAAUCCUGUAGAGCUUUGCAUUUUUGUGAUACCGUGUAAUUCUUUUAUGUAGCGCUCCGAAAUAGUGAACACUUUAGCCAUUCCGUUCACAAGUUUAAUUCAUCUUCAGAUCUUCUCCUCUAACCAUCUUACUCAACUUAGAAAGUCUUAAAAUAUUUAGCACUGAUCAAGAUUACAAAUUGGGAACUACUACAAAUAUUUUAUAUGGAUGUAUUCAAGGAAGACUAUCCCUGUGAGAAAUCAAUUGUCAAUCGUUUAGUUACUGUGUAGUUUUAACACCUGGAGAUACCUCGUUGAUUCAGAAGUUCUGGGCAACGAGCUCGGUAUUUUAAAGACAACUUUCUGGGUCUCUAAAUAAGAUAUUCAGAAAUAACAACAACAACAACAAAAUAUGACUGAGCUUGGCUAAAAAUCUGGAUAUCUUCACACGCAUUGUCUCUGUUUUUCCUACGCGAUUUCCAUCAUCUAACCACUGCUCCUACCACUUAUGUUUGAUGAAAUACUUGUUAUUAUUCAACAGCAAAAUGUCAAACAGGUUGCCUUAAAAAACAAACAAACAAAAAAAACCCCACCCAAAAACAAAAAACAAAAAACACCCAACAAACAAAAAACCCCUUGUGUUCAACUAUUAAACAGUUCUGUACUCAGCGCUA